AUGAAGGAUAAAGGACCUCUUCAGCUAUGCCUCUUGAUAAUUAUACAGUUGAACAUCUGCAUGGGAAGUCCCGACAGUCUGUCAAACGUAUCCACGAUCGAACCACCGGGACCAUGGUCCGAGAUUCUGGAGAACUGGGUGGUAUCCGACUCGGGGUCGUUUAGGACAUCGAAGGUGAUGAAAUUGGGCGACAAGACCUUGAUGGUUUCCAGUAAAAUAUCGUCACCGAAUAAACGUGAAGUGUCCGAAACCGAUCUCUAUCUUCUCGGAGCGAUAGAGAAGCUGGUGUACAGAGUAGACUUCCUGGAGAACCGGCUGAGACGAGCGGAAGAACUCCUCUAUUACGUGAUUUCUGGAAAUACGAAUCAGAAACCGUCCUGUCCCGCGAAUUACACGAAAAUCGGCCAGUAUUGCUACCACUUUAGUGACCGCGAAUUCGAUUGGAAGUCAUCCUCCAGCCUCUGCCGCGGAAUGGGCGGUUAUUUGAUAGAAUUCGAGAAGGAUGACGAGAAACGCGACGUGUUCGCCAGUCUGCAAACAAACUCGAAACUGAAAGGUAAACAUUUCUGGACCGGUGGAUUGAAUCCUGGUCUCUUGUGGAUUUGGGCGAGCAGCGCGAAACCAGUUCAUCAGAACACAAAGCAAACCGUUCCCGGCGAUGGCAGAUGUCUGAAGUUGUCCUACAAUUCAACAUCACGACUGUACUCUUACCAAAGCGACGAUUGCGGGGCAAGGCACAGAUACGCUUGCAAAUUAACGGUAGACGACGAGUCGGCGAACAGGAUCGAGAAAACCGCGCGAAUGUUAAUCGACGGGCAACCUUAG